AUGCAACGACCCCACACCAUCAUCAGUCUAUUUACUUUCCUCAUCUUCUCUCCGCCCCCUCUGCAACUGCCCAUUUUCCAUACCCCCAACCCAGCCAUCUUUCCUCCAUCCACCUCCAACGGUCUACCUUUUUUUCCUCCACAUCCAAACCCCGUCACCUUUUCCGCCGUCUCCCCUCUCUCUACCGCCGCCACCACCUCACCUCGAUACCGCGCCACGAUCAUCGUAAGCCCUCUACCGCCGCUACCCGCCUCUCUUCGCUUCCUUGCUUCUUCGCGCCCUAACAACCCCAACCUUCCCGCUACAACCAGUACCAACCUCCGAACCCGGCCCGCUCUCCAUCCAUCAGCCUCCUACACCGUACCGUCACCGCGCACCGCCUCUGUUCCCGUCUUUCCAAAAGCCGCCCUCCGCCCGCACCUACCCAACGACCACUUCUCCCCACACUUUCCGGCACCUCGCCCAAACCUCAACGCGGCCGCCAUUACCCUCACCUCAAUCCCCUUCCACAACCAACCUCUUCUCUUCCCUCCAUUUCCUCCUUACUCUCCUUACUUACUCUCCUUGUCUUUCCUCUUCCACCAGCGGCUUGCUGUUCAAGCCGCCACCUCGCCGCGCUUCGUCUCCUCCAACGAUCACCACAACCCCACAACCCGGUUACACCGUCGUCGCCGUACGAAGCCGCCUCCGCCAUCUUUUCGACCGCCGUCAUCACGAUUUCUACCGACGCCUCCUUGCUACUCUACUCUCCCCAUCUUCUUUUACCCGACCCCGCCACCACAGCUAUUGCUUUUGCCGUCCGUGUAG